AUGGCAGAUACAAAAUGUUCAAUUGAAACCUACAAAACAAUACUUGAAACUGACGGAUUCUGUGGCUGUCAUCCUCCAUGCAAUGAAAAGGUAUAUUUACAAACAAUAUCAUCAAGAACAUGGCCUCAUAAGGAGUAUUUGCAGGAGGCUUUGAUGACUGAGGUUUGUUCACCGAUUGGAAACUGCACAGCAAAUAAUAUAACCAUGUCAACUGAAGAACUUGAGCACAAUUUUCUGAAGCUAAUCAUCUACUUUGGAGAUCUAAAUCACGAAAUUAUAACAGAAGAACCAGUUUACACUUUUACAAGGCUGUUGUCUGAUGUAGGAGGAUCUCUUGGUUUGUGUCUUGGAGUAUCUCUGCUUUGUAUUUGUGAACUCGUCGAAGUUCUUUUCGACAUCAUCCAAACUGCUGUCAAGAAAGUUCGCAAGCGGAAAUCUUGAAUUCUGCAAC